GCCAAUUUGAAAUUGCCCUUGGCCAUGAAGGUCCUCCGCGUCAAGCACGCUGAGCGCGUUCUGUCGCUGCCGCUCGGUGCGGACGGGUCGUCCGUCGCUGAGCUCAAGAAGCAGAUCGAGGCGCUGACGCAUGCACCCGUCGACCAGCAGCGGCUCAUUGUCAAGGGCAAGGUACUGGCCGACGACGACGUUGUGGUCGACGACGGACGCACCGCCGUGCUGCUUGUGCGGCCGUCCGCCGAGGCGAUCGCGGCCAUGAACGAGCAAGAGGCUGCGCUCAAGAAGAUUGAGGAGACGCGCGCCUCGCGGUCGCUGGUGAGCAUCCAAGCCAAGAACGAAGUUCUGAGUGCACGUGCCCACGCCGCACUCGCGUACCGCUUCCACGAGAUCCAAACGCUGCCGGGAUUGCCGGACGAAGCCAAGGCGCGUGCGAUCCUCACGUCGCUGGCGCAGGACAAGGGCAUUCUCCACGUCAUGGCCAAGCACAAGUGGACCGUCGGGGCGCUGGCCGAGAUGUUUCCCGACGGCAAGGUCGGCGUCGACCCGGUCUGCGUCUUGGGCCUCAACGAGAACAAGGGCCAGCGCAUUCUCUUGCGGCUGCGCACCGACGACCUCCAAGGCUUUCGCAAAUACCUCACCAUCAAGAAGGUGCUGUACCAUGAGCUCACGCACAACGAUGUGAGCGACCACAACAACGAGUUCUACCAACUCAUGCGCCAAGUCGAAGCCGAGUGCAACACCGUCCCAGGCACCACAACGUCGAUUCAAGUGCCAACCACGUCGCCGACGCACGCUGCACGAGGCCACGUUCUGGGCGGCUCAACACCUGCCGCCAUCGAUUCACGGCAGCUGCGAGCGGAGCGCGCGCUCGAACGAUUCACUGCGCCGCAGUCGGCGCCCGCCGAAGCAGUAGACAUCGUGAUCUCCCUUCCGUCAAUACUUGAAAACGUCCCACUGCCACGACCAACGCCUGCCUCGGCACCACCAACGCCUGCCUCAGCACCAGUCUCGCCAGUCUCGGUACCGGCACCAGUCUCGGCGACUCGUCCAUGGAAUCUGCCGACCAUUGAGCUCGACACUGCGCUGCUGGAAAGCUUGGGCGAGCGCGAGCAGCGUGUUGUGGCGGCGGCCGUUGCUCUCCGCGCGCGCCUCCUCCACGAGCCACGUUCGCAGCAGACGAACGUUCUCCGGUCGCUCCACGCCGUGCUCUCCAACAUUCUGCAAGCACCGGCAAACCCGCUGUACCGGCGACUACGCAAGACGAAUGCGCGGAUUGCCAUGUACAUCAUGGGCGUUCCGCCGGCGCUGGAGCUGCUCACGCACAUUGGGUUUAUCGACGAGCUACCAGACCAAACGCACUUGGUCUUACAGCGCGACGACCCAGGUCUUAUUUGGCUCGGCAAAUCGCUCUUGGACCCGCUCGUCGAGGCGAUUCAUUAAGUCAUGAAAGGUCUUAUUUGCAAACCCAUAACCAACAGAAUAAAACAGCCUUGGCUAUAACCAAGACCUUGCUAUA